AUGAGCGCGGCCCCGGGCACCUCCCGCGCCCCGCAGCCGCUGCUCCGCUUCCCCGACGGGGCGGGCGGGCCGGGCGGCGGGCGGGCGGCGGGGGGGGGCGGCGUUCCGGGGCCGUGCCCCUGCCCCUGUCCCUGCCCGGGGGGGCCGCGGAAGCGGCGGCGGACCACGUUCAGCCGGGGGCAGCUGUCCGAGCUGGAGCGGGCCUUCGCCGCCGUGCCCUACCCGGACAUCGCCACCCGGGAGCGCCUGGCCGAGCUCACCCAGCUGCCCGAGGCCAAGAUCCAGGUGUGGUUCCAGAACCGCCGCGCCCGCAGGAUCCGCAGCGCCAAGCCCGAGCCGCCGCCGCUACCGCCGCUGCCGCCGCCCGGGGAGCGGGGUCCCCCCGCGGCACCCCCCGACAGCAGCACCCCGGGCCCGGCCCCUGCCAUGCCGCCGCCGGGAUCCCACAGCCCCGCUCGGGGCCUCCCCACCUCGCUGGGCUCCAUCUCCGACCUCAUCUACAGCGCGGCCAUCACCAACCUGGGCGAACCGUAGCCGUGGCAAGGACCCCCGUGUUCUAGGGACCCUCCUGGCACCGCGGCCCCCCCCCCCCCCCGGAUUAGCGCCACGAUUUCAUUAGGGUGUGGAAUUACUGCCGGUCCCGAAGGCUCCGAAGAUGUCAUCCAAUAUCCUAAAUGCCGGUGCGGCCGCAGCAGGGGCAGCUCCCCAUCACCCCUCUAAUACCGACUAAUCUUUUGGAAAAAAUACCUUAAUCUGAGGCCGUAUCCACGGAUGAUUGUGGCGCGGCCGCCCCUAAUCCGCAGGCACGUUCGCAGGUGCCGGCAGAUCUCCCUGGGUCGGAUAUUAAACCGUGUUUCCAGAGGGGCUUAGCUGCCAUCAGAGCAUUAAUCACUGUGUCCAGCCCUGGCAGAGCGCCCACCCGGCAGGUGUCCGGGUCCCCAGGGCCUGACGUGGGUGUCCCCUCCCCGCUGUGGGUGCACCGAGCUGGCUCUGCUCUGCCCCAUGGCACCUGAGAAACCCCUGGGCUCAAUGUUGAGCGGUGUUCCUUGCCUAUGUCCAGAAUCUGGGCACCCUAUGGCAGGGGGUUGGGAGCACCACGCAUCCCUCACUGUGCAGGCAGAGGAAGGUUUGGACAGGAGAUGGAGCAGGAUGCAGGAUGCAGAGGGAGAGGGAAGAUUCACAUCUCUGCAGUGUGUUAGAUGCCACAUCAAUGUUUCUCACACCAACAGACAUCUCCUGACAUGCAGGAAGAAGGUUAUGAACACACAGUGUUAUUUAUUUCCAGAAUAAAAGGACAGGAACUUCCCAGGAAAACAGAGAUGGCAGGAACUGAUGCCUCUCUCCCUGCUGGAGUGGUCAGAGUCCACAGCCAUUGCCUCUCCUGUUCCACAGCUCUGGGAUUUCCAACCCAUGAUUCAUUUCAGGAGCAGGAAGCAAAGGACGAGCCUGAGGAGUGCAGCAGUCUUCCCACAGCAGGAACAGGUACAGACAGGAGAAAACCUGUCCCAAAUUAGCAGCUCCUGGGGAGGACAAAAAGCCUCCAGCACGAAGCCUGCAGUUCAUGGUCAUAGCUUGCCAAGGUCCCCUUCGAGGGUCCGCACCAUCACAUACAGCUCGGCCAAGCCCACCACUGAGGCCACAAUGACGGCUGACAGGACACGCUGGGGACACAAAAGAGAGAGGGGUGACCCUGGGGGUCCGGCCUGGCCAGCACAGAGGGGCUGCCAGGGGGCUCUGGGGCCUUGCUCACCGCCGCUGUCUCUGCGAAGACGUACUGGCUGCCCAGGUACGUGCAGGCAAAGGCGGCCACCACGGUGACAAUGAAGUUGAAGAUGGUGAUGACAACGGCUUUCACGGAGCGAACUGGUGGAGAGAAGGGUAAAGUGAUUGAUUUUACAUAAGGUUGGGGAGUAGGGCUGGGGACAAGGUGUGAUUGGGGCUACCUCAGCUGGGAUGUGUAAUCCUGGAGGAGUCACACGCUUGGUGCCUCCAGAAAUAUUGGUAAGAAUGACCAAGAGGCUCCUUCAUUCAAGGAACACUUUAGUGCAUGAAAACCUUCUGGUGAGAUAUUCCAAGAGGGAAGGGCUGUUACCAGCUGGAGAUGGAACAAUUCCCAUGCCUGACCUGGCUUGUGCCAACAGGACAGGAAGACACUCACCUUGCCUCCCAAAUUCAGCCAAUGGCCCGUUCAUCUCCUGAAAGAAGGGAUUGAAACAGCUUGUGAUCGCUUGUAUUUUAAUGUUAGUAAUAACAUUACUACUGUAUGUGCAGAAUAAAAGCAAUGCCAAUGCCCUG